CCCUCUCAAAUAACGUCAUAGAACUCCCCGGCCUAAGGCAGCUCGGUAAUUAAGUGAAAUUUCUUCAAAUGAGGAUAGAAUUUCUUUAAAAAAACGUGACAGAAUUUCAUCUAAAGGCUUGAGAGCAAUUCUUCAAAUAGCGUAAAAAACAAAUACCGUGACCUGUGCCCUGCGGUGAUGACGAAAUGAACGACAGCUGAAAGAAGUGUCUUUGUGCGGGUGGAUUGCAACAGUGUCAUACGAACAAGAUUUUCAUCUCUAAUGGCUCCAAUUUUGGGCUACUGGAAUGUGCGAGGGCUUGCCCAACCCAUUCGUUAUCUGUUGGCUUACACUGAAACAGAGUGCGAAUAUUGCGAUUACGUGACAGGGGACGCUCCUGGGUACGACAAGAGCUGCUGGUUGUCCGUUAAAGAAACAUUAGGUUUACCGUUCCCAAACUUGCCUUACUUUAUCGAUGGAGAUGUGAAACUGACACAGACCAUGGCGGUAAAUACAUGGAAAGUAGCUAAUAAAACUCUUACAUGUAUAAUUUUCCAGAAAAAUAAGACAUCCAUUCCCGUCAGAAACACAUCCGCCGCAGUUUUUUUUUCUUUUUUUCUUUUUUUUUUUCUUUCUUUUUUUUUUUUGCAACAAUUCAUGAAUAAGAAGCCACCAUGUACGUGUAAGUUAUUAUAUAUUAGAAUAUUGACUGACUGGAAAAUCAAAGUUGCUUAUGUGCAUCACGGUCUUCUAAUACUGCCAAAAAUUACAACCAAGGGACCCUUGCGCUCUCUUCACUCGCCGUUAAUUCCUCGAGCUCAAGUAAUAUCGACUUCCCAACUAAGCGAUCACCUGGCACAAGUGUGGCUACAUUAUAGUACUGAAGAAAUCUGUGAAAUAGCAAACUUUACUGAUAUGUUUUGUCUUCUCAGAUUAUGCGACACAUCGCACGCAAGCACGAUCUGUGUAAGUUCAUUACUUUGAUUAAUUUGGAAUCUUACAGAUAACUCCAAAUCCAGACUUGGUUUAUAUCGCCAUCCGUUGCAUCAGAGUAACUUCCUUUUCUUUUCCAUAGAGCCCCCAAGGGAGAUUUUUUAAAUAGUCGGGAAAGCAUGCUAGUACUUGUUCCCUUUGCGAGUGUGCGGCAGCCGCGUGAAACCUUCACGCUCGAGACGAAGCCGUAGAUAUAUUGAGAUAGUGGAGGGCAGCAUGGACGACUGCGAGGCAGGCUACUGAUACUCAGAUUCGUUUUCCUUCGUUCUCUUAACACCUGCAUUCCGCGCAAUGUGGAAAUCCCCGCGAGUGUCUGCUUAGACGAAACUGAGCUUGCUGCCUCACAGCACUUAACUUGCUUUGCUUACGGAUCAAUUACCUAAAACAGGCUUGACGCGUAGAGGACAGUUACAUAGUACUGCAUAGCAGGCGUAGAAAAGGGAGGAGAGGAGAAUUUGAGUGAAAAUCGGCAAGUCCGAUCGAUCCAGGGGUGAAUUGAAAGCGGCUGCUUAGCGUUUGCACCCAAAUCCCCCUCUCUUUACUCCUGCCCCGCUAGCAAGUUUUCACAUGAAAGGGGAUAAUUGAACUUUGAGUGGCUUAUAGUUUUUCAGUAUAUCUGCUGGUCUGUGUUACCCUCUAUAAGUAGAGUUGAGUAUUUUAAAUAUAAUUAUGGUUACCAUCUUGAUGUGCACAGAACUGAAAGAAGUAAAAAGUGUGUCGAUUGGUAAAAUGAAAAAAUAAUUUUCGAUCCUCCUCUCAGGUGGAACCACAGAGGAGGAAAUGAUGAGAGCGGAUGUCAUUGAAGGCGAGGUAUCACCUUAUAGUUUCAGUUUGUUUGGCUUAAUUGAUCAAAUUAAUCUACUUUUGUGGGUCAGAAAGCCGGAAGACUGUAUUAUUACUACUUUUUUUAUGUCGCGCUUUCGUAAGUCACAUCUUAACCCCGCCCAACCCAUUUUCUGCAUAAUUUAUGUGCACCCAUCCAAGCUGACCGACUAUUUUUUGACUUCUUUCUCCCGCUACAGGCCACAGACUUCAUCGCUGGAUUCAUGAAAUUCACUUACUUCAGCCCAGACUUUGUGAGUGCAAGUUUUGUGGUUUACAUCCAAAACAGCAUUUUUUGACAUCUUUAUUUUAACUUUAUUUAAACUUUAUUUUAACUUUGUUUGUGAUUAGGAAGGAGGUAGAGCUGAUUAUCUGAAUUCUUGCAACAGCUUCCUUCGGCGUCAUUCUGACUUCCUUGGUACUUAUCCUUAUUUCACUGGA